UUUAGAAAGGCAGAAGGAAAAAGCAAUAAGAAUGAGAGAAUGAUAGAGAGAAAGAGUGAAUGAAAUAGCUAAGAUGUCAGUGGUCGUUGAAGUGGUUACUUGGGAACUGUACUAACUGCUACUUUAGUUUUGAUAAGAUACCGUGCUUCCUUCAGAUGUGUAGAAGAAGGAUUCUAGUGGUCUUUUUUUAGUUUCGUCUUCACUUUCAUUUUGAUUGUGUAUUUGGAGGUGUGUGUGUGUGUCCCACUCUCUCGUACGGCACUUCGCUCUGAUUAGAUCGUUUGGUGAGAAACGGUAACAACCACUCAAGGUUACACAGUUGCAUAGCCUUCUUGUCUGUUUUCAAAGACAAAAAUUAACGGUGUCUUAUUGUAAUUGAGUCUGACCAAAAGCUGACCAUACCAGGAAUUAUAAAGGUGGAUUUAUAAGUAAUAUUUGAAGAAUUUUGAUGGAUUCAAAUUUUCUAUUAGUACCAAAGAUUAUCAAUGGUGCCAUUGCUGGUAUUGUUGGGGUCGCAUGUGUUUUCCCCAUUGAUCUGGUCAAAACUCGAUUGCAGAACCAACAGCCUGGUCCAAAUGGUCAACUUUAUUACAAGAGUUUAUUUGACUGCGGCGUGAAAACAUUUCGUAAUGAAGGCUUCUUUGGAAUGUAUCGAGGUUCUGGGGUUAAUUUGCUUUUAAUUACACCAGAGAAAGCCAUUAAACUUGUUGGUAAUGAUUUCUUCAGACAUAACCUCAAAACUGACAGUGCCAGACUGCCUUUUCACAGAGAAUUAUUGGCUGGUGGGGGUGCUGGAAUGUGUCAAAUUAUUGUCACUACACCUAUGGAACUGCUUAAGAUCCAGCUUCAAGAUGCUGGAAGAAGUGGCUCUGCUACCAGUAAUGGCACUGUGGUACGUUUAUCUGCUACAAAGAUAGCUUUAAAUCUUCUACGAGAAAAAGGAAUCACUGGGCUUUAUAAAGGUUGUGGAGCCACAAUGUUAAGGGAUGUCACUUUCUCUGCAAUUUACUUCCCAUUAUUUGCUCAUCUCAAUGCAUUGGGUAAAAGACGAGAAGGCAGUGAUCAAGCUGUUUUUUACCAUUCCUUUUUCUCUGGAUGUGCAGCAGGCUGUAUAGCAUCGUUUAGUGUCAACCCUUUUGAUGUGGUGAAAACUCGGUUACAGACAUUAAAGAAAGCAGAAGGUGAAAAAGAAUAUUCAGGAAUCAUUGAUUGUUUUGGGAAAAUCAUGAAGCACGAAGGUCCAAAAGCUUUUCUGAAAGGAGCCAUGUGCCGAAUUCUUGUUAUUGCUCCUUUGUUUGGUAUAGCACAAACGGUGUAUUAUCUAGGAGUGGCAGAACUUUUACUUGGAUUAAAGAAACCUUAAUAUUUUUUUUCUAAGCUGGAUAACAAUACAUAUCAUGGUAUGCUAUCAGUGUGAUCAUAAAUAAACAUUUAUUGUAACUGAUAUAUUAGUAAUAUCAUCAAGGCAUUCACAAUUAACAUAGAACAUUUUAGCAAACUGUCAACAAUAACAAUUAAAAAUUUUUUUCAUUAACUUGAUAUGUAAAUAACAUUAAUUUAAAAGUCUCAGGAACUCCUUUGUAUUUUAUUUUAAACAUAAUAAGCUUUUAUUCACUGGAAUUAAUUUCUAUAACACUUUUUAUUUGGUGGGGUAGAUAUUUGUCAUUACUGUAAUGAUACUAAUUGACUUCCACCUUGAAAUCUUUUCGUUAUUUUUUUUCUCUAUUAACCUCAGUCAUUGUUAUAUGAAUGCCAGAGGGGUUCUCCUUUGUAUAUUCUUGCAUAUUUAUCAAAUGAUUUUAAAUUUAAUAUUUUUGUUUAAAAUCAAAAUAAUUAAUUAAUGAAAUUGUUUGGAAAAAAAAUUCUUUAAUUUUUCACAAGUUAAGUUCAUAAAAAAUAAUUAAAUGGGGAAAAAGUAAUAAGUAAAAUGUCUCUUAUAUUUUCAUUGAGCUUUUAAAGAAUGGGAUUAUAAACCAGUUGUAGGCAAUAAAAAAUGUUAUAUUAUUAAGGUUUAACAAAAUUAAAUUACUUAUGACUUAGAUUUUCACUGAAAUCCCAAACUGAUGUUUAUAGUAAUAUUGAAAAGUAUUUAAUACAAUGAUAAUUUAUUUUACCUAAAUAUAAUUUUUUUAUUUUCUUAUAAAGCUCUGCUUUGUAAGUUAAUCACGAAAACUGAUGUAUAUAAUUUUGUAAAAAAGUAAUCUACAUUUAAAGUAAAUUGCUUUGAAAAAAAACUUCCUUAUAUAGUAAAAAGGGUGAAUUGAACUUGCUUUUUGUUCCAUCAUAGAUUUCUAGAUGUAAAGUCAAUGUAAUGAGUGGGAAAUAUAAAAGUUAAAGCUGCCAAACUUUGUCUCUGCACUUUAACUUUUGUGUUUCUCUUUUUUUAAUCUUCACCAAAUAUGAAAAAAAUUUUUUUUUUCAUUUAAGAGAUUCUUGAUUACAAAUCAUUGAAGUUGUGUUGAGAAGUUAACAAAAGAUAGAUAAAUGUAGUCAUUAAUAUUAUAUAUAAAACUAAGGUGACAAGCUGGCUGAAUCGUUAGCAUGCCAGGCAAAAUGCUUAGUGACAAACAUUUUAUGUUCUGAGUUCCAAUUCUGCUGAGGUUGACUUCACCUUUCAUCCUUUCAGCGUCAAAAAAUAAGUACCAGUUGAGCACUGGGGUCAAUGUAAUCGACUUAUUUUCUCCCCCACCCCCAAAUUAGCACCCUGUGCUAAAACUUGAAGCCAAUAUUAUAUAAUCUUAGAUUUUCACUGACAUAUUGUAAGAAGGGGCCAGUCAAAUACCUCAACCCCAGUAUUCAACUGAUACUUAUUUAAUUGAUCCUGAAAGGCAAAGCUGACCUCAGCAGAAUUUGAACUUGGAUGGUAAAGCUGAAUGAAAUACCACUAAGCAUUUUGUCCUGCAUACUAUUCUGCCUGCCUACCACCAUAAUAAUAAUAAUAAUGAUAAUAAUAAUUUACUUUUCUUUUACUCUCAUGAAAAUAUCUUUGUAAAUUAGAAAAAUCUUGAUUGAGAGUAUUUUGCCUAGAAUUUAUUUACAUGAUUCUUGUUUACUUACAAACCAUUGAAGCUGUGAUAAGAAAUUAACCAAAGAUAAUUUAACACAGAUAACAUUUUUCUCUGCAAACCAAUGAAGCUGCAUCCAGAAAUUAACAGUUCCUAAAAAUAAACAUAGAUAUAAACAGUUUUGAUGAGAUUUGUAAUUGGCUCUUAACGGUGAGGCACCGCUCUUUUUCUGGGAAGAAGCAGUCCUCCUUUUUUUUAAUAAGUAUGUAAAGGAUGAUAUUCUUCCUGUGAAAUAAAGCAGUGGUUGGAAAUAUAUUAUAUAUAUUUCCUCCUUUGUUAGAAAGACACUUCUUCAAGGAGAGGUUACUGAUGCAUCAGUCAAUAAAAAAAAAACUUAUUUUUCCUUCUUGAUAAAUUUUGAAAAUGCAAGUAUUUUCAGAGGAUUGGGAUAAAUUUGAAAGAAGAAAUCCAUAGAUGAAAAGGGUAAGUUUUGGAGAUUAUGAAGCGGGGAAGUUUUGGGAAUGUAAUUCUUGGAAAGUUUUCUUGAUAUAAAAAUUCGGAGAUUGUUUAUCAUAUCAACCUGGGUUAAAAUGUCAGAAAUCGUUUCUUGGAUUAAGCAACUAAUAUAACAGUUUCUAAUUUUCUUAUUACAAAUAUAGAAGUUGAUAACAGAAUUUGAAAUUGAAACUUGUUUGUUCUAACAGCAGACACAUCUUUAGAUUUUGAAAUGCAAAAUGUCUCAUUGACAAAUUCAUUUUUGUUUCUAAUGUAAGAAACAGAAAAGGUUUCUAAGCAAAAUUAGGCAAAGUAUGGAAAGCAAAAAUAUAUAAACAAACAAUUCUUUUUUGGAAUAAUAUAUUUCUGUUAUUUAUAGCUUUAUGUAUAUGCUCUGAGAUAUACUGUUCCAAAAGAGAAUUAUUUCACAUUUUGUUGAAAGUUUAUAAAAUUCUUAUGACGUCAACAAUAUAAAGAAGUGUAUAGAAGUAAAUAACUGAAUAACUAGAAAUAUGUAUGUGUGCAUGCAUACCUGUAUGUAUGUAGAUACAUAUGCACACAGAUAUAAACAAAUAGUUUAGAAGAUCGUUUCACAAUUAUGUAGUUCUGGAUUUGAUCGUACAACAUUGCAUCUUAGUUAAGUGUCUUCACCAUAACCUAGGGUUGAUUGAAACAUUUGUGUGAAACUAGGUAGAUGGAAACUGUAGAAGUUGGUCAGUUAAACUGGAUUUGUAAUUCAAAGGUCCAGCUUUAUCAAUGUGUCAAAUCGAUUCUACUUGAGGAUUAGAUUAUGGGAAUACCUGUCUUUGGAAUGCUCAUCUACUUUGCACACUAUUUCUAAUUCCAUAAGUACAUCUUUCAAUCGAUUAGAUAAUUGGACACUCGUCAUCACCAUAUCAAAAUUGAUGAAUCAGUCAUAUACAUUUAUAUUCACAUAUACAUAGAUAUGUACACACACACACACACAUACUGGAACAGUGGAAUCUCAAAGCAAAUAAAGCUAUGAAAAAUAGCAUGUAAAUUCUGGGUUAAAAAACUUCAUCAUCAACCCCCUCACUUGUUUCCAAGAAGGAUGUUUCCUUUGGUCCUUUGAAUGAAAACUGCACAAUACCUGGAUGUAAUUUCAUAGAAGAUUGCAAACAAACGACACUGCUUGUAUGAUGGUGAAAAUUUUAAAAACUAGUGCACAAUAUCAAGAUAAGGAGAUACAACCACUCGUGCAUAUAUAUAUAUACACACACAUGCAAUGAGGCUUCUUUCAGUUUCUGUCAACCAAAUCCACUCACAAACUCACAACCAGCUCAGGGCUGUAGUAGAAGGGACAUUUGCCCAAGGUGCCACAUAGUGGGGUUGAACCUGAAAGCAUGUGGUUGGGAAAUAGAUUAGAAAUGUUUCAUAGUUUCCACUUAAUAAUGUAGCUGUAAUGUCUUCAUGUUUGAUUAUAACCAUAGAUUUUGUGUGAUUUUCAGUGACAGCCAAUCCAGAUUACUAAUUUUAUAAAUAUUCUUUAUCGUGUAGGUUUUUUUUUUUUAUUUAGUGAAGUCUGGCUAGAAUUGGUGAAGCUCAAUUUCCAAUUACUUUCUAUUGUCUUUACUAUCCACUUUGCAUGUGUCCUUGUUCUGUUUCUGUUGAAACGAGUUCGCAAAAUAUUAUCAAAUGUUAAAGACUGGAAGAUAUUAAUUAACAUUACAAAAAUAAUUAUAUAAAUAUUUACAAAAAAUUGAGUUAGAUUUUUAAAAAACAGUUAUAAUUAUAGAAAUGUGUUAUUAAAACUAAUUUCUCAAAGGAAAAACAUUCAAACUUUUUUAAAAUUGAUAUGCUUUACCAUGACAUGGCUUGUAUAGUAUCCAGUUUUCACCUUAAAUUUUGUUAUGGUGUUUAGGUAUUUCUAGUAUGUAGUGACAUUUUGAAUGGAAGAAUGUUUGUUGUACAUAAUUCAUUUUCAAAAAAUAAGAAAAUCAUAGUAAAUGAUUGAUCAGAAUAUAACAAUUUUUUUCCAGUUUUCAUUUGUUCAAAAUACUAUGUCGUUUAUGACUUUAAUGCAUGUGUUUCAAAAAUGUAAUUUCUUUUUCAAUAUGUUUAUUGUAUUUUCUUUUCCUGCUUUUCAUAUUAGAUUUUGACAACUGACACUGGUUCUAGUAUAUAUGUUCUUAAAAUCUUGCCAUAUCAGCAUUAGAACUAUUUAUAGAGAUAUUUGUUGGAAUUUGAAAUUACAAUCUGGUCGAUAAUUCGUGCUCAAUUUUUAAAUAUUUCCAACAAAUGAGAAAAAAAAUUAUCCAUCCUGAUUAAUUUGAUAUUAGUUGUGAAUUAUGUCCCUUCAAUACUCAUUUCACCCUGUUAUGAUGGUAUACUUUUAAGUGUAUUUACAAAGUAUUCAUUUGAUUUUUUUUUUUUAAUCGUUUUAUAGGAAUUAUUUACUUUAUUGAAUUAUCAAAUAAAUUCACAUCACAAAUGUCUUUACUUUUAGGGUGAUAAUUUAAAGUUGUAUUUUUAUAAAUAACCCAGUGAAAUUUCUAAUUUAACAGCAAAGAAAAUUGCUGGUCUGGAUGGUGUAAAACAGUAUUAGCUUGUCAAGAAAUGAGAAAAUAGAUAUGAAAUACAGAAUUUGUUUGUCUAUUGUGAAAAAGAGUAUGAAAGGAGAGAAAAAGUAGGCAAAAUAUAAAGUCUUUCAUUUGUUAAACAUUGCUGAAAAAAUUUUUUUUUUCAAUUGUUAAAAUUAUUAAAAUAUACUUUUUCUUAUACCUCAAAACACCCCCAACAUCAUUGCCAUAUCUAUUUAUAAAAAAAACUCCUGCAGACUAUCUAAACUUUUUAUGAUUUAUUCAGUGUACAUUUUUUUACCGCUAUGGUAUUUAACUUCAAUAUUUUCGUUUUGUUUUUGUGAUAUUUAAAACGAUUUUCAUUUUCAUGUAAAUUAAAUUUGAAUAUAUUUUUUAUUCUUUUUUCCUUACAUAUUGAAAUGCGUGUGUGUGUGUGUGUUUUUUUAUAUAUUUUUUUGUUUGUUUUUUUCUGUCUAAUACAGUACAUUCAAUUUAUUUUUGCAAAAUAAAAUAUUCUGUUGUAAAAUCAAGAAACCCAACAUCCAAAAUACUUUUUUUAAAAACAUUUUUCGAUAUUUAAUUUACCGAUUUUAGCUAUAUAUGUUAACCUUUAUUUGUUAACCUUUAUUUGGACCCCUCUAUGGAAUCGGCUAAACUACAAACUUUCUAGGUUUAGUUUAGCAGCAUGUUUUGUGGAAUCUCAACACGGAAAACAAUGGAAUCACUGUAUUUUGAUUUCUUUCCUAACUGGACAAAUCUGUUGUGUUGUGGUUCCAUUUUCAGUGGCAGCUAUUACAGAUUACUAAUUUUAUAUAUAUAUAUAUAUAUAUUCUUAGAUGGGUCAUAUAUUUUGUUAUUCUUGAGUAAUUCUUCAGACAUACAGCUUGAAGAAGUGUGUUUCAGUGGUCAGUAGCAUACAAAUCUAGCUUGUAUCUCAUUAACCUUUUUGAGAACAGGUAUAUUAUUUAUGGCAUUUUUUUUUUUUUUAUGGUUCGGAUAGAACAGCUGAAUGUCACAGGUACAUCUAUUUGCAAUGAAUUGUUUAGUUGCCACAACAAUCAUUUAUUAGAAUUGAAACAGUAAAAAGCUGUUCUUGUGCAAGACUUGAUCAAUAUAAUCUGUCCUUAAAUUGCUUAAUACAAUAUUGUGUACGGAAAUGAAGAAGAACAUAUUUUUAUCAAUCAUUCAAUUUCUAUUGAAUUUUAUCUGUAUGAAACUUCAGUUAUAUGGUAUUAAAAAAUUAUAAUAAACUCAUGAAGAUUG